UUUCUCUUAUCUACCCACUCUCUCACAACUCAACCCUCUCUCGAAGAACCCUUUCUUAAACCUUAUCUUCUGAGAGAGAGCAAAUUUCUCAAAAGAGCUAAUAAGAAUAGCCAUGUCUGCCUCUGCUUCCUCUCUCUCUGCUUUCAACCCUAAAUCCCUUCCUCUCUCCGUUUCCAGGCCCGCUUCCCUCUCCGUCUUGCCUCCUUCCCUCUCCUUCAAACUCCACUCCGACCACCUCGUCUCCCUCUUCGCUUCCUCCUCCUUGAAAUGCUCCUCCAGGUUCGUCAGGAAUGUUGCCGUCUCCUCUGAUUUCGAGGUCGAGGAAGAUGACAUGUUCGCUGACGGUGACGAUUCCGCCCCUGUCGAGCGUACCUCUUUCUCUCCUGACCUUAAGCUCUUUGUUGGUAACCUUUCCUUUAACGUUGAUAGCGCUCAGCUCGCUCAGCUCUUUGAGAGCGCCGGCAAUGUUGAGAUGGUUGAGGUUAUCUAUGACAAAGUGACUGGACGGAGCAGAGGUUUCGGAUUUGUGACAAUGUCCACUGCAGCUGAAGUUGAGGCUGCAGCUCAGCAAUUCAAUGGCUAUGAAUAUGAAGGCAGACCCUUGAGAGUCAACGCUGGCCCUCCUCCUCCUAAGAGGGAGGAUUCCUUCUCCAGAGGACCAAGAAGUGGCGGUUACGGAUCUGAGCGUGGUGGUGGCUACGGUUCUGAGCGUGGUGGUGGUUACGGUUCUGAAAGAGGUGGAGGUUACGGGUCUCAACGAGGUGGUGGUUACGGCGGGUCUCAACGUUCCAGUUAUGGUUCUGGAUCAGGGUCAGGUUCGGGCUCAGGUUCAGGAAACCGUCUCUAUGUUGGCAACCUCUCCUGGGGUGUGGAUGACAUGGCUCUUGAGAACAUGUUUAAUGAGCAAGGAAAGGUUGUUGAAGCCAGGGUCAUUUACGACAGGGACAGUGGUAGAUCUAAGGGUUUUGGGUUUGUGACACUCAGCUCUUCACAAGAGGUUCAAAAGGCCAUCAACUCUCUGAAUGGUGCAGAUUUGGAUGGAAGACAAAUAAGAGUCUCAGAGGCUGAGGCUAGGCCACCAAGAGGCCAAUUUUGAGCGGCCACCCCCACUUCACAUUCUCAAAAAAUGCAGAUUCUGGAGGGUUCUUUGAAGCAUAUGGGGUUAGAGUGAGACGAUGGCGGUUUCAGACAGUAACUAAAACUCACUGCUGGUGCGCGCUAGGCUUUAUUCCGCCUUAGAUGUAUGAAGAUCAUAAAGGAAAUGGUCUUUUUUUUUUUUUGAGAGAGAUAACGAUUAGGUUAAAAGCAGAGGCUCGUGUUUCUUGUCUGUCUGAAUCCUGCGAUUGAUUUUAGUUGGAUUUGCAUUUUUCUUCUUCCCCUUUUCUGUUGGUAUUUUGGAACCUUUGGCAUUUUGGAAUAUGAGUGACUGUAGAAGUCUGUUUUGUUUUAAUGUUUUUGAUCUUCUAUUCUAAAGAACCAGUCUUCCUAAAAUAAAAUUCCCGUAAUAAGUAAAUU